AUGGAGGCCCAAAGCCCCAAGGAGCCUUUCUACAAGGAAGUCCUGACCCUGAGCAGCUCCAGGCCGAAGGCCCAAAGCCUCAAGGAGCCAUCCUACAAGGAAGUCCCGACCCCGAGCAGCUCCGAGCCCCAAGGAGCCAUCCUACAAGGAAGUCCCAACCCUGAGCAGCUCCAGGCCGAAGGCCCAAAGCCCCAAGGAGCCGUCCUACAAGGGAGUCCUGACUCUGAGCAGCUCCAGGAUGGAGGCCCAAAGCCCCAAGGAGCCGUCCUACAAGGAAGUCCCGACCCCGAGCAGCUCCAGGAUGGAGCUCCGAGCCCCAAGGAGCCAUCCUACAAGGAAGUCCCAACCCUGAGCAGCUCCAGGCCGAAGGCCCAAAGCCCCAAGGAGCCGUCCUACAAGGGAGUCCUGACUCUGAGCAGCUUCGAGCCCCAAGGAGCCAUCCUACAAGGAAGUCCCAACCCCGAGCAGCUCCAGGCCGAAGGCCCGAAGCCCCAAGGAGCCGUCCUACAAAGAAGUCCCGACCACGAGCAGCUCCAGGCCGAAGCUCCAAGCCCCAAGGAUCCGUCCUACAAGGAAGUCCCGACCCCGAGCAGCUCCAGGCCGAAGCCCCAAAGCCCUAAGGAGCCAUCCUACAAGGAAGUCCCGACCCCGAGCAGCUCCAAGCCCCAAGGAGCUGUCCUACAAGGAAGUCCGACUCCCAGCCAAAGGCCCAAAGCCCCAAGGAGCUGUCCUAAAAGGAAGUCCCGACCCCGAGCAGCUCCGAGCCCCAAGGAGCCGUCCUACAAGGAAGUCCUGACCCUGAGCAGCUCCAGGCCGAAGGCCCGAAGCCCCAAGGAGCCGUCCUACAAAGAAGUCCCGACCACGAGCAGCUCCGAGCCCCAAGGAGCCGUCCUACAAGGAAGUCCCGACCCUGAGCAGCUCCAGGCCGAAGGCCCGAAGCCCCAAGGAGCUGUCUUAAAAAGAAGUCCCGACCCCGAGCAGCUCCAAGCCCCAAGGAUCCGUCCUACAAGGAAGUCCCGACCCCGAGCAGCUCCAGGCCGAAGCCCCAAAGCCCUAAGGAGCCAUCCUACAAGGAAGUCCCGACCCCGAGCAGCUCUGAGUCCCAAGGAUCCGUCCUAUAAGGAAGUCCCGACCCCGAGCAGCUCCCAGCCGAUGGUCCAAAGCCCCAAGUGGUCUCAACUAGGCUGA